UACUCCAUGGAGAAAGCAAAUUAGAAAAAGAAAAAGUGGAAAAUUUCAGUUGAAGAAAACCCCUGAUUCUUGAUGUGCAUUUAAAUCUGAUAAUAAGUUUUUCACCAAACCCGUCAAACACACAUUACUCAAGGGCCAAGACUUGAAGCAUGUCUUUCUCAUUUCACACACUCCUUGCGUUAUCUUAUUUGUAUGUAGUGAUGGUUGGCGGAAUAAAUGUAAAAGAAAGAGCAGAAGACCCGCUAUUGUCACCACCAGAAGGCAACAUGACAUUUUUAGGUGGUACAACCUGGUGUGUAGCCUCACCCGGUGCAUCCCAAUUCGAUCUACAAAGUGCAUUGGAUUGGGCCUGCGGGUUGGGUAUGACUGAUUGCAACCAAAUCCGACCUGGAGGCCCAUGUUAUCUACCCGACACACUGUUUUCACAUGCAUCUUUUGCUUUCAAUAGCUACUACCAAGAAAAUGGAAAUUCAGACGUUGCUUGCAAUUUUGGUGGCGCUGCCACCUUGACAAAGAAUGAUCCAAGCUACGGAAGAUGCUCCUAUGCUGCAUCUGCGCCAGCAAAAUCAAAAGGAACAUCAAUGUGGAGGUUAAAUUGGUGGAGGAGAUGUGGAGGGAUUCUUAUACUUUUGUACAUUGGAAGCUAGCAAUACAUUAAGUUAAGGUAGGGUAUCUUUGUUGUUGGUUUAGGAAUCUUAUUGUAUGUCAUUUUUGUAAGAUACUUUGCUUCUCUAAACAGAAGGCUUAAAACAUGCUAAUCCACCUAUUAUGUUUGUGUUUACAAGAGUUUA